AUGCCUUUGUUAGAUACCUUCAAAAGUUUUAUUCAGUCACCGACAGAAUCGAAGGUGAAGCAAGCCACCAACGAGGACGAGACUAGUGGUGCGACGGGGACGCUGAUGAACGAAAUAUCAAUUUUGACGUACAGUCCCAAGACAGUACGUGAAAUCAUCCAGGUAGUUCGGAAACGAUUAUUACUCGGCCAAAACAGGAGAAAUUCACACCGCAAUUGCAUCCAGGUAAUGAAGACCCUGACUCUGGUGUCGUACCUGAUGAACAACGGAUCCAAUGAAUUCAUAAAGUGGCUAAAAAGUAACAUGAUACUAGUUGAAAUCCUAGAGGAUUUCCAGGUCCAGGAUGCUCGGGAUGAACGCAAGGCCGAAGACAUUCACAAGUUAAGCAGAAAUGUUUUGGAAUUGCUCCAAGACGACGAGCUGCUUGAAAAACAGCGCAAGGACGUAAUCCAAUUCCGGUCAAGCAUAUCGACUCCGGGCAGGAAGUCCACGGACAAUAGCCAUUUGAAGCUGGAAGAGAUGAGAAAUGAGCUCACGCGACAAAGCAUAGAAAAGAAAGUCAAGCCCGCCAUUACUAGCACUAGUCUAGAUUUCCAGAGGCAACGGGCCAGAAAUACGCACGAAUACGCCCGCUUUUCGUUAGAUCCCCUGGCGGAAGAAGACAACGAAGAUGCUCCAGGUGCCGCAGGUGGAAUAAGUAGGCUCUCCUUCAGGCCCAAAUCUUCAAAUAAUCCAUUUAGAUGA